AUGCUUUCCGAGCUGACUACCUUCGCUCUCGCCGUCGCCUUGGCCUUUGUGCAGGUCAACGCAGAAUCCCACACCGUCACAUUCAACAACAGGUGUGGCUAUGGCACGCCCUACCUGAGAGCGUCGAAUGGCGCCGUAUUAUCCACGGGUGGUAGCUACACGUCAAACGGCGCUCUCGUGGGUGCCAUCGCUUAUCUCCAGACCGGCUCUUGCGGAAACAAUGGCGAAGAGUGCACGCUCAUCGAGACGACGCUCCGGAACGGCUACAGCAGCACGGACAUCUCGCUUAUCCCGCCCCACGAGUUCUCCGUCACCAGCGGCUUCGGCUACUACGACGGCUGCGACGGCGCCGGUGCUGACUGCACGUAUGGCGGCUGCCCUGACGCGUUCUACACCCCCGACCAGACUUGGGUGCAGGUAGGGUGCCCUGACGCCAAUGUCAACCUCGCCAUCACCUUCUGCGACUGA